UCCGCGCCUGAUCUGCCCUCUGGGCGUGCUUGCUUGUCUUUCUUGGAACAGGGCAAGUGGAAUUGGUGAAUUCUGGAUCAUAUAAUACGUCACAAAAUCAGAAGUCACCUCGACUCCGAGGGCUUCCCAGGUGCCAGAUUUUGCCACUGUGAUUGCCUACAUACAUCCUCACUUUAUCGCAAAAACGAGGGCACUUGCAUCAUUCAUUGCCAAAACACAGGAACAUACAGUUGAAGAUAGCCCUCCGUGCUAGCUAUCUAGGUACAGUUCGGUACAGUUCUCUCUGUGUGUGUGUUUCUUCCACUAGUCCACUAGUCAGCGAACAAGCUUCUCAGUAGAAACAUACGGAUUAGUUGGUCCGUACGAUGUUGUUUGUUAGAUUGUGCACUUCAUCGAGUACUUGUGCCUUGGGUCGGAUUGGAUUCCAUGGCCUCGUUGGACAUGUCUCGCCGUCCUUGUCCAGGUCCCUUUCCCUGUGCGCCAUUCAGUUCCAGAAGGAGUUCGAUGAAAAGGCCUUUGAGAAGUAUAAGGAUUCCGCGACCAAGCCCUUGGAUCACUUUAAAAAACCUGCAGGAGAAAUAAGCGAGGUGGAAAAACCGAGGAUCGUCAAGGUUCUGGCUACAGAAGUGACCAAUAAACUGAUGCACGAUGCCAAAGAGAAGAACGACCAGGAUUAUCUCUUGCCGCAUCCAAUUUGGUCGGACAAGGAGGUUAAAUCCGUGGAAAUUACACAUCGAAGUCCAGACGGCGUGUCGGAUAAGGCGGCUUACUAUUGUGUGAUGCUGUUGAGAAAGUCAUUUGAUCUGGCCUCUGGAUACACCAUUGGCAAUCAUUUCAAGAUGCUGGAUGAGCGGUCCAUUCUGAUUCGGUGUAUUUUCUUGGAAACAGUGGCGGGUGUGCCCGGAUUUGCGGCCGCUAUGAUCCGCCAUCUCCAUUCGUUGCGACGAAUGCAACGUGAUCAUGGAUGGAUCCACACUCUCCUGGAAGAAGCGGAGAAUGAAAGGAUGCAUCUGAUGACCUUCAUGCAACUCCGAAGACCCGGGCCCAUUUUCCGGGGCACCGUGAUCCUGACUCAAUGGCUGUUCACAUUUACGUUCUCAUUCGCUUACAUGCUGUCACCCAAUUUUUGCCACAGGUUUGUUGGGUAUUUGGAAGAGCAAGCAGUGGUCACUUACACUCACAUCCUGGAAGAAAUCGACGCAGGACGAUUGCCCAUGUGGAAGACCUUGCCAGCCCCGGAGUUGGCCAUCAAGUAUUGGAGAUUGCCCGAAGACGCCAAGAUGCGGGAAGUCAUUUUGGCCAUCCGAGCCGAUGAAGCUCAUCAUCGGCUUGUGAAUCACACCCUUGGAUCGAUGGACCUCAAAUCAGACAAUCCUUUUGAGAAGGGGAAAUGACUUUUGACGUCGGCUCAGAUACAAAUUUAAUGGUCAAUAACAAGUAUUCCAUGGUAAAAACGAACAGAGGUUGAGAAAUAUAAAUAAAUUGUCGAGUCUUUUCAUA